UCUUCGUUCUAGCUAAUUAGUAGUGCGAGGUCGAACUUUCCGUCGGGUUUGAAAACAAUUAGAAAAAAGUAUGGCGCUUUUUAAGCCGUCGAACAAUGUACUUCGCCAUUUACAUGACAAUAAACUUCGUCAGUCAGCGAGACGUUGAGCAGCUGGAAACUCAGCGAUAGCAGAUCGAAAUUAACGGUCUUCUUUAUCCACGUCGACACAACUCACCGUCAGCGUCAUGGACGACCUCGACUUGUCCAAGGAACAAAUGGACCAGUUGCAGCUGGCUUUCAACGCCUUCGACCCCGAAAAAAAGGGCUGCAUAAGCACCGAUUUGAUCGGCACGAUUUUGGCCAUGCUUGGCCACGAACUUGACGCAAGAACGCUUCGCGAUUUGGUCAGCGAAUUGGACAUAGACGGGACCGGGGAAAUACAGUUCGAGGAAUUCUGCAUGCUGGCCUCACGUUUCAUCGUCGAGGAAGACACGGAGGCGAUCGCUAAGGAGCUCAGAGAAGCUUUCCUGCUGUACGACAGAGAAGGAAACGGCUACAUAACGACCGACGUCUUCCGGGACAUUCUUAGCGAGCUCGACGAUAAUCUGCCCGAAGAAGAGCUCGACAUGAUGAUCGACGAGAUCGACGCCGACGGAUCGGGAACCGUGGACUUUGAAGAAUUCAUGGCAGCGAUGACUGGAGGAUAAAGCAGUUUUUCCAAGGGG